AUGCUACAAGAGACGCACUUCAAGGGGACAACAGGACCAACACUCCGGGAUUCGAGAUACCCCAUCGGAUACUUCGCAAAUCAUGAAACAGCCAAGAAGGCGGGAGUCGCAAUCCUGUUCGUAAAGACGAUCCCGUUCCAAUGCAGAGAGACAUUUGGAGAUCCUAUGGGACGCUACCUGUUCAUCAAAGGUACGAUCGCAGACACAAAAUACACCUUUGCAAGCAUAUACGCUCCCAACACCCGACAACAUCGCUUCUUAAGGAGCACUCUGCACAGACUGGAACAAUUCAGAGAGGGCCUACUCAUGGUGGCGGGGGACUUGAACAUGGCCCUUGAACCACGGCUGGACACUUCCUGGGGGACCAGCUUGAUCCCCCAUCAGAACCUGGACAGCGGGCGGGUGCUACACCCCAAAGACCGUGAUUACUCCUUCUUCUCCACAGUCCACCAAAGAUAUAG